CUCCUGUUGCGACCAGUCCUUCCAUUCUAUUGGAUGCUGAAUCUGUAUGAUGAUUUCUUCCCUACUCAUCCCUGCACCAACCGUUCUGCUCGAUCCUUUUCCAAGGUAACACUGUUUGCUGUACAAUCUGAUAUCAUAUCCCACUACCAGAUCAAAAAUUAUAUCGAUGUCUUUGCCUUGAAGAAUCAAUUUCAAUAGGUGGCUAAUUUUCUCUAUUACAACUCAUUUCUUGCUUCUCAAUUUUUGGUUUUUUCAUAUCACAAAACCAAUUGAUAUGGAGGCUCCAUGUUUUAUGCUAAGUAUGUAUGAUUCUAUCCCCAUUUCCCCUUGUUUAAUUUCACUCUUGAUGUCAUAUUUUAUGUUUGCUCUGGGUACACAUUUACCUAUAAAUUGAACCCAAGUCUUCAAUUUUCAUUGCGCCUGGUCUUUCACCUAAUUCACCUCACUUUCGCUUCCAAAUUUCACAGCCUGCAACACCAUCUUAAACCGCCAAAAAAGCUACUCAAGCUUUAAACCUUCUGUUUCACCAUAUCCAGGUUAUGGAAUAGUGAAAUUUCUCAAACCUAGAAACCCGCAAGUAACCAUUUAGCUUCCAAUUACCCUGCAAGACACCAUGUCUCUAUUAAUAACCCCCUAGACUCCACUGUUCCAACAUAAUCAAUUGGAGAGGUCGUAUUGUUGGUGGUUUCACCAGAUUAAACAAAAACUCAUUCAUUCUCAAACAAGCUCUUAAAUACCACAAGAACCUAACUGGGAACAUCUUUGUCUCAAGAUUUGGUAGAUCCCACUACCACAUUAAAUUUGAACUAGCUCAUGAACUGGCUAGUGUGUUGAGGCAUGGAACCAGAGUUAUGUUUGGUGAUCUGUUCUUGAUCCAAGAAUGAAAUACGUCUAUAACCCUUAGAAACAUAUCUCUAAACUAUAAAGACUUUGGAAUCAUUCUCAGAAAUUUAUACCCAGAGCAAACAGACAUUGUGAUCAAUGGGGAUUAGACUCAGAGUGGAUGUUUCUCAACCUCUACAGUUUGGCUACUAUGCACCAAACAAUAGAUAUGAAGUAAAUAGAGUAAUUAUGAGAUACCAGGAGCUUCCCAGGCUGUUCUGCAACUUCUGCAAUAGGCUAGGACAUGCAAAUGUAGACCGUAUGGAUAUUUUUCUUCUUAACCACCCCAAUAUGCAAGCACCUGCUCAUUUCGAUGAUCUCCCCGAGCACACUCCUUUCCCUGAAGACCCGUUCGCGCAGGCAUCGUACGACCAAGAAGCUCUCCACAAUAUAGACAGAGAUGAUCCUGACAGUGACUGGAGUCUAGAAGUCCAUUAUUCUCAAGUGAAUACCAGCCGUGAACAAUAUGUGUUUUCCUACACAGAUGGAGAAGGACCAGCUGAAGGCAAUUACCAAUUUGGCUUUCGCUCCAACAUGUCAACAUAUUCGGAAAGAACAAGUGCAAACCCUCCAUUGUUCCACCACCAUCGGCAGCAUCUCCAUCGUCACCACCAACAACGAACCCUCCAUUGCUCCACCACCACCAUCACCAUAACUACCAACACCAUCUCCUUAAUCACGAUCUACAUCUCCAUCUUUCCAGAUCGAAAAUUACUUUAUCCUUUUCUUCUUAGAACAACCAUCGCCACCACCACCACCACCACCAUCUCCGUCCUUUUUCCUGCUUUUUUCGCCGCUGUUACAAUCGAAAUAUCGAUUGAGAGAAAGAUUUUCGAUUGAGAUAUAUUUCAAUCGAAUUACGUUUCAUUUUAGGUUUCAGAGAUUUUUCAAAAUUGAUUUUGUGUUGAUUUCAGUUGGGAAGAACACGGAAGAUUGUGGAUCUAAGAUGAUUCAUGAAUGAGAUGUCAUUGUUGUGUGUCAAUUCAGCUUGAUUUCAUGACCUUGUGCUGAAGUUGAGAAUGAAGCAGAAAUGGUGAUUUAGUGAAAUUAGUAUUUGAUUUUGUGAUUUUGAAGAAAUUGAAGCUAGGGUUUGAGCUCAUGAUGGUUUAAAUGGUUUGAAUUGGUGUUGAAGCUUCAGAGCAUACAAUGGUGGUGCUGCUAUGGAUUAUAGAUGGUGUUUGAUGGUUUUGUUGGUGGAUCUGAAACUGCAUCUGAUGGAAAAAUGGGUAUGUGUUUUAGCAUAUAUGAAUUGCUGCUAAUGUAUGUCAAAAUGGAUUGGAGAUAAAUAGAUGUAUGUUAGGGUGCAGUUGAGCAGAGGAUGAUGUUGGUGGCUACUGCAAUGAAGGAGAUGAAACUGUUGUUGUUUAUGAAGCUACACGUGAUGAUCAAUUUUUGUUUGUUUAUAUGUUUUUAUGGGAUCAACUCCUGUUGUUGACCCAAUUUUUUAUUGGA